AUGUCAAACCGUCCACCCCAGUCCAUGUCUUUACAUACUCAACCCCAGAACAAGGUUGAUGGCAUCUCCGACCCCGUCGCCUCAGACACAAACUCCCACAAUGCCGCAGCGCCCUUCAACGACAUCUCCUUUUCCUACGUUUCAAACCCCCAGAUCCAGUUCCAAGCACACACGAUAGCGCCCUCGCCGCCAUUGUCCGAAUCCUCCUUUCAACACCUCGAUCCUCCCCCGGCUCAAAGGCCCGCCUCGACUCAAUCUGCUCCCACCAGCUCUCUUCGAAUCCAGACCACAGACUUCCACAUCGACCUGCCCACACGACCCGACAAACGCUCCAACGCCACCCUCUCUACCCCGCGCCGCCCCGGUGCCGCCGUCCUCCAGCAUCAGACAUCCUCCUCGAGCUUGAAGCCCGUAUCACGAACCCCCAGUUUCAAGGCCGCCAUCGCCAACAGCCUGGGGCCCGCCUCGGCCACGAGCUCGUGCAUGACCAGCCCCGUCUUGUCGGCUAUGAGCGACGUCACCCCGCUGCCUUCGCCUUUGCUGUCAGGAGACUCGCCCGGCCCGUGGAAGCGCCUGGGCUUGCGUUCGCCAGCCAGGCAUCAGAUGCCCGACCCUACCCCGGACUCCGUCCUGGUCUCAACGACCGGCGAAUCAAUAGCAGCCGCCCUGGCCAACGCAUCGAAACGCAAAGUCUACGCCGGUCUGGUCGCCGAAGGCGCCGACGGCGUUGGCGCAAACGGACCCGUCACCGGCAAGGCAGAACACGCGCGAAACCGGAGCAUCAGCGAAUACACCCCGGACUCGAAUUACGUUCCCAAGCGGCACGUCACCGUGUCGGGCUCCCAUACCAAGCCCGCCAACGGUCCCGAUCCCGACAACGAACCCCACAUGCGCCGAGAACUGAAUCUUGCCGAGUCCAGAGGAUUAACACCUGCGAUUGCCCAGCCUCCGACACCCCCGCCGAGCGAGUCCUCCAGAGACCCGGCCGACACGGCCGUUAGCAGACCGACCAAGUCGGAGGACCCGGAAUACUUUGAAGCUUACGACCGCCGCGAUCGGAAGAGGAGAAGAUGGAGGGCGGUCAAGACGCUAGGCCAGGGCACCUUCAGCCGUGUGAUGCUGGCAACCAGCCAGCUCGACGACGAUGACGGCUUGGUACAAGCCGGCGGCCCGGCGCCGAUAUCACAAAUGUCGCAGCCAUUCAGGAAGACCCUCGUUGCGGUAAAGGUUUGCGAGCAUGGUCCACGAGGAGGAGCCAGCGAAGAGAGAAUCGAGAUGUCGCUCAAGCGCGAACUCGAAAUCAUGCAGAGCAUCAGCCACCCCUCGCUCGUUCAUCUAAAGGCCUGGAACAUCGAGCCAAGCCGUGCCAUCCUUGUCCUUAGCCACUGCCCGGGUGGCGACCUUUUCGACGUGGCCACCGGCCAUCGACAGCUCCUCAAACCCGCCCUUCUGAGACGGAUGUUUGCUGAGCUAGUGGGUGCCGUGAGGUACCUCCACGAACGCAGAAUCGUCCACAGGGACAUCAAACUCGAGAAUGUACUCGUCAACUUGACGGCACCCGAGCUAGCGGAUCCCGCGACUGACUGGACGACGUACCCACACUCGGUCAUCACGCUGACCGACCUCGGUCUCUCUCGCCGUAUUGCGGACGACGAAAAGCUCGAGACCAGAUGCGGCUCCGAGGAUUACGCCGCCCCCGAGGUCAUCAUGGGCCUGCCCUAUGACGGCCGCGCAACCGACGCCUGGUCUCUGGGCGUCUUGCUCUACGCACUCCUCGAGGCUCGUCUCCCGUUUGACCCUUACCCCAACACGAUGGACGGCCACCGCAUGCGCAGCCGCACCAGCCACCGUAUCGCGCGGGCGGAAUGGCGCUGGAUCGAAUUCGCCGGAGAAGACGGCGACCACGAAGGCGACGAGGCCAAGUUCAAAGCACUUGGUCUGCUUGGCGCCAUGGAGAUUACCGAGGGCCUCCUGCAGCGUGCCAGGAGUCGAUGGACUCUGGAGAAGGUGGCCGAGCACCAAUGGGUCAAGGAGGCGAUCCAAGUCGAAGGUGGUCUGCGUUUCCGCGAAGAGGUGGAAGGCGCAGAGGUAUGA